CAUCCACAGCCAUGUUUCGUCCCACCUUGCGCAUGCUCCGCACCAGAAAUGUCGCCUAUUCCUUCAUUGGCCUUAACACGGUCGUCUUCGCCGCUUGGAAAUAUGCAGACGGCACCAUUCCCAUCGAGAUCAAGUCCAGAAACGCCUCCGACAACAAUGUCACAAUAAUUGACCCGUACGCUGCCUCCAGUCAGGCUGUCUCGUCCAAGCAAGCUACCAUGCAGAAAAUGGUCGACAACUUCAUCCUAAAGCCCGAGGACAUGGACCAGGGCAGAUGGUGGACGCCUUUGACGUGCAGUAUCUCACACCUAAACCUCUUUCACUAUGGCUUUAACAUGUUCGCCUUCCACUCUUUCGCCGAAUUCCUGUGGAUGUCUCCAACAAUGACGCCCUUGCGUUUUGCUGGCCUUUGCUUUGGCUCCGGGCUUGCGGGCUCUGUAGGCUUUCUCAUGCACCAAAAGACCAUGAAUAACCAUUCCAAAGCGGGUGCCUUGGGUGCUUCCGGUAUCGUCAUGGGUGCUGCUGCAAUGUGCGCAUUCAUCGCGCCGUUCGCAAAGUGGGAGCUCAUGUUUAUCCCCAUUGGUAUCCCUGCUUGGGCCAUGAUGGGCUUAUACUUUGCGUACGACGCCAUCUUCCUCAACGAUCCGAACGCAAAAGUCGGUCACUCCGGUCACAUUGGUGGUGCCCUCUUCGGUGCUGCUUACUACUUGCUGCUUUUCAGGCGUCCUGCCCUCGCUCGCAACCGCAAGAUUCGCUGAGGGCAUACAGCCUGAUUACGGUCGACAGACCGUGGACGUUACAUAAUCCAUUGGCAUAUGCGGUUGUAUCGAGCGAUGGAGUAUGGGCAGUUGUUCCGUGUGCUUGGGUGUAAAAACGGCUUCUUCGUUUCAAUUGGUCUAGGAGAUUAAGAUAAAACACUUCGCCAGAUAUCUCCUUUACCUGCAGUUUCCUUUACGUUCGUAUGCAGGUAUUUAAAUGUUGUACCGAGCAUCUAAAAUUCUAGCGUAAUGGUCCGGAAGCAAGGGCAGCGUACUUCAAUAGCACGUAUCAAAAUUGACAAACUUGGACGGCAA